GGACGCAUCUUUGGCCUCGGGAACCAGUGUGACUCGAAUUUCUUCCAAGCAAUGCGCUGCGACUUAUUCCACUUCUGAAACAUUCACAACCUCAUGCUUUCUCUUGUUCAGAAGGGACACGUCCUGAUUUGACAGAAUACGAGGCAAAUUUCAGCAUGGAGGACAUCCUUGGUGUCACUAUACUUCACGACCUGGGUCAAGAAGCGAGCUUCGAUCUAGUGGCAGUCCACGGAAUUAAAGGUCAUCCCUAUCACACGUGGACCCACCCGAACGGAGAGAAUUGGCUGGAAAAAUACCUCCCGAACGAUAUCCCCAAUAGUCGAAUCAUGACAUUUGGUUACAAUGCCCAGGUCUUCACAUCCAGCAAAGGCUUUGUAAACGACUAUGCGGAACAAUUGCUACAGCACUUAACAAGCACCCGACGGUCAACAGACUCAACGCGACGCCCUAUAAUCUUCAUCUGUCAUAGUCUAGGUGGUCUUGUGUUGAAGAAGGCUCUCCUUUUGGCUCAAGAGUCACACGAUGCCGUUGACAUCAGAAAAUCUACCAUAGCAGUGGCUUUCAUGGGAACACCCCACAGAGGUUCUCCACUUGCUUCGUAUGCAGAUAUAGCAGUAACUUGCAUCAAGGCUGCCGGAUUCAAGGCAAACACUGCGAAUCUCCAUCAAUUGAGAAUGACCUCCGACAGCCUUGACGAUAUAGGCUCACAGUUUGGAUCGCUCUUGCAAUUGGGGAGAAUCAAAGUGUUGACAUUCUAUGAAUUGAAGCCCAUGAAAAUCGCUGGCCUCGCGGAAGCUGCGGUGCGACGAAGACUUCCUGACACAACAAGCAUCAAGCUAACCACUUGCAAUUAUAGGUCGUGCCUCCGUGGUCAGCUAAGCUAGGACUUGGCCCUCCGCUUGAAACGAUAAUUCCAGUUGAUGCAGAUCAUCGCCAAAUAGCC